AUGUCAACCUUGUACCCAUCACUGGAAGAUAUGGAGGUUUAUCACAUGUUGACGGCCCAGGACAACAAUACCGUCGGUCCCCAGCCCAGGGCCCCAGCUCCAGCCCCUACUGCGAGAGAGAUGCCGGAACCUCCCAAAGCAGAUGCACCGCCAGUUUUGUACCCAAAUCUUGCCGAUCUCAAUGAUUACAUGGGCCUCUCUCUUUCCAGCGAUGAGAUCCAGAGGAAUUUAGGUCUCGUUCCGACAGGCGAUUCUGCCGCGAGUCCACCUUCCUCAGCCCCGGGUCUGUUGGUGGCCCCUGUGACCGGAAGUGACGCAGGGCUGCGCCGAGCAGAGAUCAAACCGGGUUUGCGCGAGAUCCACCUGUGCAAGGACGAACGUGGGAAAACCGGACUGAAGCUGAGGACCAUUGAUAAGGGGCUCUUUGUGCAGUUGGUCAAAGCCAAUUCUCCGGCAGCUCUGGCGGGCCUGCGUUUCGGCGAUCAGAUCCUCCAGAUCGAUGGGAAGAACUGCGCCGGGUGGAACAUGGAGAAGGCAAAGCGGGUGCUGAAGAAGGCCUCGCCGGAGAAGAUCGUUAUGGUGGUUCGGGACAGACCUUUCCAGCGAACGGUGACCAUGCAUAAAGACAGCAGCGGCCAUGUGGGUUUCGUCAUUAAGCGGGGCCAGAUCACCUCGCUGGCCAGAGACAGCUCUGCGGCCCGGAACGGGCUCCUCACCAAGCAUUACAUCUGCGAAGUGAAUGGACAGAACGUCAUUGGCCUGAAGGACAAGGAGAUCACCGAAAUCCUCGCCAACGCUGGGAAGAUCAUCACUCUCACCAUCGUCCCGGCUGUGAUCUACGAGCACAUGAUUAAAAAGCUUUCAAGCGGACUAGUGAAGUCGUCGAUGGAUCAUUCAGUCCCCGAUAUAUAAAUUUUUCGCUCCCUUCGUUUUUUACCUCCGACGUGAGCUGCAC